GCUUUUGCCCACACUCUGUGUCGUGUUGCUUCCGGUGAAGAUGGACGUCAAUGAUCUUUUUCGAAAACUAGGGGCAGGUGCUAAGUUCGACUUUAAAAAGUUUGGAAAAGAUGCCGAGCGAUUCAAGGUGAUCAAAUCUAAGGAAAGCAGCUUAUCAUUUAACCUAUCAAGGAUUAACUUUUUUGGUGCAAAAGAUGGUGGGACUAGCAAAAAUCAACAGACAGACAGCCCAACGAAAGAACCUUUGGUAUCUGAUGAACAUCCAGUUGUGAAGAAGAGGAAGAGAAUACAAGAAGAGAAAUCAUGUUCUCAAGAUACUUUUAAAGAGGGUAUCUCUAAAACAACAGCAUCUCUUGAAAAUGAUGGAAUAAUGUGGAUGUCAUCACAAAAAGAAAAGAGCAGUGAUGCAGAAAGCAAAAAGAAAAACAAAUCCUCUUGGAAGAAGUUGAAACAUUUGCACCAAGAACAGAUAAAUCGCUUGAGGCAUGAGCACAAAAUCUACAUUCAUGGGUCAGACCUUCCAGAUCCUGUAGCCACUUUUGAACAGUUGCAGAAGGAAUACCAGAUCAGUCCAAAGAUAAUGAAGAAUAUUCACGAGGCAGGUUUCCACAAACCUACACCUAUUCAGAUGCAGGCUAUCCCUGUCAUGCUUCAUAAUCGUGAAGUUCUAGCAUGUGCUCCUACUGGAUCUGGGAAAACAGUGGCUUUCUGCCUGCCUAUCCUUGCUCACUUAAAACAACCUAUGAAUAAAGGUUUCCGUGCCCUAAUCAUUGCUCCAACAAGAGAGCUGGCAAGUCAGACCCACCGGGAGAUGGUAAAACUGUCCCAGGGUACAGGGUUCAGAGUCCAUACAAUUAAUAAAGGAGAGGAGGCUGCCAAAAAAUUUGGCCCAAAGUCAUCUAAAAAGUGUGACAUCUUAGUAACAACACCUAACAGGCUGAUCUACCUUCUGAAUCAAGAACCGCCAGGAAUUGAUCUUAGGAGUGUGGAGUGGAUGGUAGUUGAUGAAUCAGAUAAGCUGUUUGAGGAGGGGAAGACUGGCUUCAGAGACCAACUGGCCACCAUUUUCUUGGCUUGCUCUUCCCACCUUGUGAGACAUGCUAUGUUCAGUGCAACGUUUGCUUCAGAUGUAGAGCAGUGGUGCAAACUGAACCUGGAUAACAUGGUGUCUGUCUGUGUUGGACAGAGAAAUGCAGCCACAGAUAUGGUUGAGCAAGAGCUUCUGUUUGUUGGGACUGAAAAUGGAAAAUUGGUUGCAAUGAGGGACCUUGUGAAAAAGGGAUUUUUGCCUCCAGUAUUGGUGUUUGUACAGUCUAUAGUAAGAGCAAAGGAGCUUUUCCAUGAAUUAAUAUAUGAUGGAAUUAAUGUUGAUGUCAUCCAUGCUGAACGAACACAGCAGCAGCGAGACAAUAUAGUCUCCAGUUUUCGAGCUGGGAAGAUUUGGGUGCUGAUUUGUACAGCAUUGUUGGCUAGAGGUAUUGAUUUUAAAGGUGUCAACCUCGUCAUCAACUAUGAUUUUCCUACCAGCGCAAUUGAAUACAUCCACCGGGUUGGACGCACAGGAAGAGCUGGAAACAGAGGAAAGGCAAUUACUUUUUUCACUGAAGAGGACAAACCAUUACUAAGGAGUAUUGCCACUGUAAUCAAACAGGCUGGAUGCCCUGUUCCUGACUACAUGGUGGGUUUCAAAAAGCUGCACAGUAAAAAGAGAAGGAGACUACUUAAGAAGCCUCCAAGGAGAGAGACCAUUCGGACAACCCCUAAAUUCCUGUUAAAGAAAAGGAAAAGAAAUACUACAGAGAAGCCAAACACGAAAAGCAAGGAAGAAAAAUGAAGAAGAAAAAUAAAGUCCAAAGCCUCCCGUUUUGGAAAUUCCAACAAAAUGACCAUGCUGCAGUGAAAAAACAACUUUUUUCAGCAUGGACAGCUGGACAUUUUCAGUUGCAGGCCAUGAAAAAAUAAUCCUGAUUUGGCUUCUAGACUUUAUGUCUGACUGCCUUCUCCUGUUUAAGUAUUAUUUGCAAGUGAGUGUUGAUCAUAAGAGAAAAGUUACAUGAGGUCAGACGUGGAUCUGGUUGAUACAGUAAGACAUUUAAGUAAACUGCUUUCUAACUUUUUAUACCUGUACUCAUAAAACAGUGAACAUUCACAGAAUGUUUCAGAUGUGAUUUCAUUGUGAACUAUUUAUGUUCUGUUAUAUACAAUUGUGAAACUGUAACAGUUGGAAACUAGCAAUAAACUUGCGCUUUUGAUAUAAUUUUAA